UGUCAGCAAUUCCGCAGUAAAUACAAAAAGAUGGCGGCGUCCAUGGACUAUUGCCCCGGAGGUGCCGAAUUUGACGAGGACGACGAAUUUGAUGACGGUUUUAUGUUUGGUCACGAUGAAAUAAAUGGUUUUGAAAGAUCUGAGGCGCUUAAUGUAUCGAAUGGGAACACUAACCAUUAUGAAGACAGAGGUGGUUUUGGAACGCCUUCACUGAAUUCAAAAUCACCCAAAACAAAGUCAGUGGCAUUGGAAAGAAAAAUGAAAGAAGCAACCACAGUGGGUGCAGAUGACUUGAGAAUGGCUAUUUUGAGGGGGAAUUUAGAUGCCAUAAAGACUUUUAUCAAUAAAGGUUACAAGGUGAACACUGUGCUUAAGUGUGGCUGGACUCCACUGAUGUAUGCUGCCAGCUCAGCUCUCCCUCAGAUUGUCAAGUUCCUGAUUGAUAAUGGAGCUGACCCUCACAGCCACAAAGAUAUGUACACUGUUCUGAUGGCAGCCUGUGGGUCAGCGGCCAGUAGCGAGGAGGACAUACUGCAGUGUGUCAGUUACCUGCUGGAAAAGGGGGUCAAUGUUAACGCUCAUGACAGAUAUCAUAUGUCUCCACUGAUGUAUGCCUGUAGAGAGGGUAGGGUCAAGGUCAUAUCAAAGCUCCUUGACAACCAAGCCAACAUCAACAAACAGGACUCCAGGGGCUGGACAUCACUAAGUUGGGCAGUGAGCAAGAACCACCAGGGGGCAGUGAAACUUCUGGUGGAGAGGGGGGCGGACAUUAAGAAGGUCCACUGUGACGGACAAACAGCACUAGACAUAGCCAUUGCCCAGGAUCUGCAAGCUAUUAUGAAAUUACUUGGUGGAGACACAAGCAACAACAGUACCAGUAGCCUUAGCUAUAGCAAUUCAGCAUUCCCUACCACUAAUGGAUGGACACAACCACCCAACUCCAGCAUCCCAGAAGUGUCAGGGCCAUCCAAAAAGGCCAUGAUUUACGGGGAGCUGGAGCUGUUCCUGAUCGGCCUGGGACUCAAUCACCUGGUCCAGCUGUUCCAGGAACAACAAGUGGACUUUGACAUGUUUCUGAGGAUGACUGAUGAGGACUUAAUUAAGAUGGGAAUUCAACAGAUUGGGGUUCGUAAGAAGAUUCUGGAUGGAAUUCACACAGUCCACAAACGAGAGUGGGAGAAGGAGAGCCUACCUACAGUCAAAUACAACAAGAAAAUGAGUUGUGUAGAAGCUGUUGCUAUAGCAGCCAAUAUAAGUAAACACACCAAAUACUUAGGCAGUACCAUACACUAUAUUGCUGACCAAGUAUCAGGGAACUCUUCAGUGUUGGAGAUUCAGGAUGGAGCCACACCCAAGCAGCUGCAGAAGCAUUGUGAAGAGACGCUGGCUAAUGUAGAGCUGCUACAGAAAGAGCUGGACAGGUUGUCAUCAAGGUUACAAAAGAUUUUUCAGAAAAGAAAUGUUGACCCGCCAGACCUUGUGACGUCACCUAAACGCCGGAAAUCACGCGUGAAUUAUAAACGUGUUUUAGUGGCCAGUGCUGUGUGUGUUCCUGUUGGAGUGGCGUUAUAUUACAACAAAGACAAUGUGAUAAACCAUUUUCAUCGGAUCUUUUCUUUCACCUGAAAACAGAGAUAAACCCGAGGAGUAUUCUAGUCCUUUCAGUUCAAAGGUUGUGACACAAUACUGACGUACUUAAAAUGAAUAAUUGUUGGAAAGAUUUUCCCUGUGCCAAAAUAAGUGACAUUAAUUUCAAUCACGAAUGAUUUAAAUCUUAAAAAUUAACAGUUAGCGAUAGUUUUCUGACUGGAGAGAGAGAGAGAGAGAGAGAGAGAGAGAGAGAGAGAGAGAGAGAGAGAGAGAGAGAGAGCAAGCAUACUUUAAUAGUCAUGUUUCUCAGGAAAGAACAUGUGUUUGUGUAAAUAUAAUCAUAAAUCAAAAAUCUAUAUUCAUUUUCUUUUAAAUGAUUGAAAUCUUUGAUGCUUCAUUGAUUACUCUUGUAAUAAAGUUUUCAUUUUUUUAUUGUCGCGAGUUUGUUUCUUAUGGAUGUAUGUAAUGAUUAAAGAAUAAAUUCAAAAGAAGUCUUUUUA